AUGAGUAAUAUUAUAAGUAUAAAUCUAUUUCCAUAUUCCCUCUCUGGUAGAUAUUACAAAAAAUGGAAUAAAGAAGAAACAAUUGACGUGGCAGUAACCCUAAUAAUAUUAAUUCUUAUCUAUAAUUUUGGAGUCCGCCAAGCAAUAACACCAACAAUUAGAGGAUUCUCAUGUUCUGAUACAAGUAUACGUAAUGAAUUUUAUAUUAAUACUAUUUCAACAAAACAUUUACUCUUUGUGACACUAGCAUUACCAUUUCCUGUCAUAAUUGGUUCAAUAUUUAUUAAUAAUUUAAGAAGAAAUAUUGCUUUAACGCCUUCAGCAAUAGCUGCACAAACAUCUUAUUUCUAUUUACAUUAUAUUAUUAUAUAUUUUUUUAUGACCGUUGGUUUAGAAAUUAUUAAAUGUAAAGUAGGGAGACUAAGACCACAUUUCAUAACUGUUUGCCAACCAGACUUAUCAAUAUGUGAUAAAAAUCCUAAUGCUUGGAUUGAUGAGAUUACAUGCAAUACUACUACAAGAAGAGAUAGAAAUAUUAGAAGUUCAUUUCCAUCAGGUCAUGCUGCUGCUGCAGUCUUUGCAACAUUUUAUGUAUUUAAUUUUGUAAGAACUAUCAUCAAGAGUAAAGCAUUAGAAGCUGUUAUAUUUAAAUAUGGAAUUAUUUCUAGUUACAUAGUGUGGACAUUUAUUUGUGCUAUAACUCGUAUCACAGAUUUUUGGCAUUUUACAUCAGAUUAG